AUGCUGUCAAGCUCGGUCUCGACGGACCCUACAGUUCCUGUCACUAAGUCCUUUGAUGGGAUAGAUUCAGCCUCGACAAGUUCGGCUGACAAGAGUGCUGAGAAGCCUAUGGACAACGGUGUCACCCCUCCACCAGAAAUCACCCCAUCCGUUACACUAGAAAAGGAAGAACCUACAAAAACAGUUGAAGAAAUACCUAAAGAAGAAAAUAUCAUUGAGGACAACAAAGAUCCAGGGAAGGAGGAGGUGAAGCAAGAAGAUGAUACCAAAAAACGAUGGGCAACACCACCACCCGUAAGAUUUUACUUCUUUUUCUUGCUGUUUAGGAAAUGUGAGUCUUGUUUGUGGAUACUUUAAUGAAAUGUACUUAAGGUUUUCUUUUUUAGGAGCCGGUUAACGGAAUAGUACAACCGAGAACGGUGCCACCUUCUGGUAAACCGACACGACAAACAAAUCAACUAGAAUUUAUAGCUAAGGAAGUGCUAAAACCCACGCUAAAACACAAACACGCUUGGCCGUUUCUAAAGCCAGUAGAUGCAGUUAAACUGAAUAUUCCAGACUACCACAAGGUCAUAAAAAGGCCGAUGGAUUUGGGAACAAUAGAAAAAAGGCUAAAGAAUUGUUACUAUUACACAGCCGAGGAGUGUGUUACUGUAAGUUCAUGCACCACGCCUAUUAAUCUUGCGAUCGAAUGUCUGUUGCGCUUUAUUGUUUUAUUUUGUGUUGUUGAACAUGGUCAUUAUAUCUGAGUGAUUUGAGCCGGUAUAAAGUUUUUGUGUAGUUUUAUCUAAUGUUUUACAUUUUUGUAGCUGUAAAAAGUAUUUUUCGUUGAAAUUAUAGCUGUUAAGAAGUUAUCUUCUAGAAAUUGUAGCUGUUAAAAUAGUUUUUGUAGCAACUGUAACAAUUGAAAUGUUUUUUGUUGACUUUAGUAUCUUUUGAGUGUAGUUUAGCUUUGAGUGUCAUAAGCUUUGUUUUACACGGCGAUCUUCUGCAAUCUUACUUGUUUUCUACUCAAAAGUUUCGAUCGCAAGCACACGUUUGUUGUCUGUUAAAUUCUGCCGGAUUGUAGGAUAUAAUGACCAUGUUCACGAACUGCUAUACGUACUGUCCAAAACAUUAUGGUGUACGUGAAAUGGCAAAUAACCUGGAAACAGACGUUCUGCGCAGGCUUGAAAAAAUGCCGCCGAUAGUGAGUUUUAUGAUUCUUUUUUGCUUUUAGGACAUUGAACAAGUGUUUGCUAAUUGCUAUAAAUUCAACCAGAACGAAGAUGACGUUGCACUCAUGUGCAAGAAUGUGGAAAAUGCCUUUCGAGACAAGCUGAAACAGAUGCCAGUGAAGGUGCCUACAGUUGAUUUCUGAAACUUUUUUUGAUAUUGAUAUACAGUCAAUAAUGUUUGCUUUUCCAGGAAGUCGAGUUGCCGAAGCCGGUGCCGAAGAAAGCUGGAAAAGUGGCCAAGAAAAACCCAGCCUCGAGGAGUGUCCGUAGCGUCGAAUGUAGGACGAGGUAGCGUUGCUAAUAGUCCGCAUAGUUCUGCGCCUUCUGAAACCGCCGCUGCCGUGUUAGAAUACUUUCACAAUGCCACUAUACAAGGUGCUCACCUCAUUUCUUUCUCUUUUUCGUUACAAUAGCUGAGAUGCGACUAACAAAAGCGUUUCUCUUCCGCGGAAUACUGUUCGGAACUACUUUUGCAUGUUUUGGUACUACUUUUGGCUGGCGCUAAUCAAAAACUACCUAAAAUAUAAAAAAAAGAAUGACAGUAUAAUGCCAAUGUCUUUCUUUCACUAUCGGGUAUUGCACAAUUAACAAACUUUCUCGGGGAGCACGUUGUAUCUUGGUUAAUGGCGAUAUUGUGACCUUGCUUUAGUUUUUCUUUAUUUUUAAAACGCUUUGGAGUCCGUAUUCUCUGUUGUUGUAAUUUUUUGUGUACAUAAAUGUCAAUCUUACAGUUGUUUUUUAGUUUCUGGAAGCCGUGAAUCGUCCAGCGUUCGAGAUGCAGAACUUGAAAAGGUAACACUGGUUUACAUUUUUCAUUUUUUGUAAAUUAUCUGGUAUUUGAGGUUUAAUCUCAUUGUAAUCUGCGUUUUUAAUUGAUUUUUAAAGGGGUAUGCUGAUUUUUUUGCAAUUUGUUACCUAAUUAUUUUAGAAACCGAUGAAACGGAAGGCCGAAUCCCCGAUCUUCGAAGAUAAACCUGCACGCUCUAUUAACCCUAACUCUAAAUAUGAACUUCUUAAAAAUAUGGACUAUAACCUACAGAAACCACGCUACACAGGGAAGCUUUCGAGCCAAAUGAAGUUUUGUGGCAAAGUGAUUCAAGAAUUGGUGUCGGCCAAGAAGUGCAAAGAGUUCAAUUGGCCGUUUCUGGAGCCGGUUAACGACGUCGAAUUGGGUAUUCCCGACUACUAUGUUGUAAUCAAGAAGCCCAUUGAUUUGGGAACCAUUAAGAGGAAGUUUGAUGCUCGACAGUACGCUGAUCCGUCUGAAGUGCGGGACGAUGUGCAUUUACUGUGCAGUAACUGUUUUCUUUACAAUCCUGAUGGACAGACUGUUCACACCCUAGGCAAGCAACUAUUGGUAAGGUUUUAUGAUGAUUUAUAUAUUGUUUAUAGUUACUGCUUUUGUUUAGAAUUAUAAUGUUUUAUCUAAUUUUAUAGAGCUAAUUUAACAAUUUCAGAAGUACUUUGAUGACCGGUGGAAACAGUUGCCAAAAGAACCAGAACCGAUGGAAGUUCCGUCAACCCCAGUCACAACAACCGCCAGAGAUCCAUACGCCUUCCCAGGCUCUCGAGCACCGCCAACAUUGCCAAUACAAUCAACUCCUAUUUCACACACUCAAGCUUUUGGACCUUUGACAACGGAUGACGCUAUCGAAACAUUGUUCGAAGACGUACAGUCAGAACAGUGCAAACUAACAAACCGGGUUACUGAACUCACAAGGUUUAUUCAAGAACUCAUACAACUGAAGUAAGUUUUCUUAUUGGUAAUAAGAUUAUCACCGGUCGAUUUGGUGUACAUAAAAAUUACAUAAUCAAUUGUACUUUUAGACAGAAACGACGAGAAGCAAGAGAUCAACGCACAAUAGUUCCACCAUUGACAGGAGAACUUCACACUCACAUCAGAAGAAGUCUCCUCUUUGGUGGACCAACUGCACCAACAACACCUUUUACCCCAGCCUUGACUCAACCAUCCUUCUCUGCCACGCCUAUUGUGGCCAAUCCCCCGACCACAAUGAUGUCACCAAUCGCCGCCUCCGCUAACAUGUUCCCAGCAGCCGCGAACGGUGCCAAACGCAGGGCUGGACGACCUAAAGGUUCGGCAAAUAUUCCUAAAACACCAAGUGUAGAUUUGACUAUGCCUUUAGCUCCUUCUAUUACCGAACCUCCGGUUCUACCGGUCGCUCUACCAACCAUCCCAGAACAACAACCUUUUACCAUGCCCAACUCAGCAGAGAUGUCCAUGCCACCACCAAUUCAACCAGGUCUACCUAAAUCUGGUCGGGGUCGGAAACCCGGAUCAAAGAACAAACCGAAGGGAGCUCGUGAAGAUCGUCCUGAAUACGAGUUCAAUUCAGAUGACGAGCAAGCUUCGGAACCCAUGACCUACGAGGAGAAGCGACGGCUUUCCUCUAACAUUAACGACAUUCCCAGCGAUAAGUUGAGCAGAGUGCUUCAGAUCAUCGCGAAACGAGAGAGACUGGACGAGGACAUCAAUCCUGAGGAGGUCGAGAUCGACUUUGAGACUCUCAAGCCCAAAACCUUGAGGGAAUUGGAAUCCUUUGUCUCUCAGAUCAACCAGAAGACCAACCGACGGCCGAACGGUAGGUGGUGGGACUUGCAGGACUGUCUGUGUAGAUGUUAUGUGUUUUUUGUUGUGCUUAUAAUUGCUUGUUUUUAGCGCCUCGACCAGUCGAACAGGCUGCCAGAAAACGCGAGUUGGAGCAGAGAUUGGCCGAAAUGGGCGGAAACACGAAAAGUAAGCAGUUAUAGCUUAGCUUUACUUAUUUUUAGUCCAGUCUAACUGUGCUUGUGUUGAUUUGUGUUAACUUUGACUUUCAGGAGGCAUGUCAGGAGCACCCCCACGCGGCCGCCCACCAACCAGCACUACGGCCGCUGCUCGUGAUUCGAGCGACUCGUCCUCGUCUUCCUCGUCGUCGUCAUCUGGAUCUUCGUCCUCCGAUUCAUCUGACUCUGAAUCAGGUUAGCACUACUUUAACUUGAAAGUUUCCAUUUUCACAAUAUUUUAUACCUCUGACCUUUUUUAUCACAACUUUUUUCUUAUCUUAUUGUACAUAAUUGUAAGUCCACAAAAUGGUCAUAAUGACAUAUUUACUGUUCCUUAAUUUGCUCUUUCUGAUUUUCUUAAUUUCCCAUACGGUAUUUAAAAAAAACUGAAAAACGCGCGUUAUCAGGGGGCAGGGGAACGUUAACUGUGUUAUCAUGAUGUAUUUUUUGUACGUAUGAACUGACCUGUAUAGCUAAUGAUACCUCAAAUGUUAGACAUUAUUUCUUGAUACUCGAAAACACUCAGAAUCUCAAACAACGUUGCCGGCAACAAUAUGAUUAUCUCGGGGGAUUUAAAAUCAUUUGAAAGUAAUAAAUUGUUAAUUCAUUAAUUUUGACAAGUUAAAUACGUCCAAAAAAUACAUCAUGAUGACAAAAGCAAAACUAAAAAGCGUUUAGUACACAGAAAUACAGCUCUCUUAAUGAAACGUCUUUGUUUCGUAUGUUUUAAUUUGUAAAACCUCUUGAUUUUAGAACAUAAAGAUCCACCAAAGACGUCGCCUCGAGCCAAUGGAGCUAGUAAUGUCAACCGACCACGACCUAAUGCGGUAAGGGUUUGAUCUUUACAUCGUAUAUCAUAAUAUACUGUCACUAUUUUGAAUUCGGAUGACAAGUCUAUAGAAAAUUAACAAAAUACUUCUGGAAUAUAGCUUAAAAGCUACCUCAAUAUUCUACCUAUUUCAAAAAAUAUUAUCUAAUUACUAUUAUGUAUAUAUAUUGAUUUUACCAAUUGGAAUUUAGGUUGCCAGCAAACCUACCAAUAACAAUACAUUAAACGCGGCUCCGGGACAGAAUGGAAUGAAACCAGACGACAAACGGAACAUUGUUCACAGUGGAGCUGGUCCUCUUCUGCAGAGCAGUAACCCCGUAUCUCAUGCAGGAAUCAGUAGCUCCGUCCUCGAUCAGCUACUCCCAGCUGCUGAGGCUUCUGCUGAUAACGCGGGAAUCUCGAAGGGAAAUUACAUGGAUUCAUUUGAUACAUUCAAGCGCAUGAAGAAGGAAAAGGACAUGACGGUAAGCUUUGGCAUUCAGUUGGAUGCUUUUUUUGAGAAUCGUAGAUCUACUCUCUCACCGGGUUCUAGCCGAAUUUGCUACGUUUCUAUAAUACAAUUAAACUAAAUAUUUAUGCUAAUAGUUAUAUUGGGACACCGUUUAACUGAUAUCAUUUUUUGUUACUUUUAUGAAUUUAGAAACAAUCGCUGGCACAAAGGGACCAAGAGAGAUCUAAAAAUGGUGCCGAUUCAGCAACUUCUCGUCAGGACGAAAUUGAACGACUUAAACGAGCAGAAAAGGUAAAUACGGUUUAUUUACUAAAGAUCAAAUAUAAUGUCGCAUUUUUUACAAUGUUCUGAACCUAUGCCACAUCUCAAAUAACUUACCUUUUUUAAAUUUGUUAAGCCUGUUACAUAUAAAGUAAUAUUCUUUAAUUUUUGCGUAUUUUAGGAACGCCGUCAACGGGAAGCUGCCAAUGACGAAGGUAUCACCUCCCAGAUGGACAUUAUGGCCAACUUCGAGGACAACUUCUGA